UUAAAACGAAACGAAACGAAACGCAACGUAUAUUUCAUAUAAGCCAAUAAAAUCACCAUUCUAUUCUAUCUGCCUAUUAUUUUUACCAAGCUUUUCAUUUUUCCUCUCACUCUCACGGAUUUGGUAACGCUCAUUUCUUUUUCCAGUCAAACUACCAAAUAUUUAUUAAAGUGCACUAUGAGCACAGAGACUAGAAUUUCAGCGAUAGAUAAAAAGUCAGUGCAUCGCAUUUGCUCUGGGCAGGUAGUACUUGACCUAGCUAUAGCAGUCAAAGAACUUGUUGAAAACAGUAUAGAUAGUGGUGCAACAUCUAUAGAAAUUAAAUUAAUAGAUUAUGGGAAAACUUGUAUUACAGUGAUUGAUAAUGGUAGUGGUGUUCUUGAAACAGAUUUUGAGGGACUUGGAUUAAAACAUCAUACAUCUAAAUUAAGAGAAUUUUCUGACUUGUUAGAAGUAGAAACCUUUGGAUUCCGUGGAGAAGCAUUAAGUUCACUCUGCUCUCUAUCCAAAUUGAAUAUUGUAACAAGACAUUUUACAUCGCAAUAUGCUUUUGAUUUGUAUUUUGAUAAAAAUGGCAUUCUAACAAAAAAGAAAGAAUGUGCAAGACAGCAAGGCACAACAGUACACGUUAGAGACAUAUUUAAAAAUUUGCCUGUAAGAGCAAAUGAAUUUGAAAGAAACAUAAAAAAAGAAUUUGCUAAGAUGAUUCAAGUUUUAUAUAGCUACUGUUUAGUUUCAACUGGUAUAAAAAUUGUUUGUACCAACAGCUUGGGAAAUAAAUCACCUAAUGUUGUAGUGGCUACUAAUGGAGUAAAUAAUGUACUAGAUAAUAUUACAUCAGUAUUUGGCAGAAAGGCACGAAAAAAUUUGAUUGAAGUACCAAUGCAACUACCUAAUGAAGAAAUUUUAGAAGAAUAUAAUUUGUCGAAGGAUGUAUUAAUAAAUUUUACAUGGACAUGUUUUGUCAGUAGUAGCAAUCAUACUCUUGGCCGAUCUUCACCAGAUCGACAGUUUUUUUAUGUAAAUGGUAGACCUUGUGAUCCCACAAAAAUCAACAAAUUGAUUAACCAUACAUAUCAUAAAUAUAAUAACAAACAAUAUCCAUUUGUCUUCUUAAAUAUUCAACUUGAUCAAAGUUGUGCAGAUGUUAAUGUUACACCAGAUAAACGAACAAUAUUAUUUACUGAAGAGCAAUUGCUUCUGGCAACUAUCAAGUUUAGUUUUGAUAAAGCAUGGUAUGAUAUUCAAGGUACUUUUACUGUUAAAACUUUAGAUCAGUUGAAUUUGCAAAGUUAUAAGAGAAGUAUUCCAGAUUCUAUAGAAUAUCACCCUCCAAUGAAAAAACCACACAUUGAAAAUUUAAAACAUAAACCUAAUAUAAAUAAAGAUUCAUGUUCAGUAUUAGAAAGCAUAAAGACGAAACUAAAUCUUAACCAUAAUGAAAAAAGUACAGUUACUAAAGGGACUAAUGCACAGGUAGUUUUAAUAAAAGACAAAAUAAAUAAUUAUCAAUUCAAACAAAAUUAUAGCCAUCAAGAGGAAAAUGGUAGAGAUCUAAAAUAUGAAGCAAAAAAUGAUACGAACAUAUAUAACGAUUUAGAAUACAGAGAAGAAUUGAAUAUUAAAAAUGAACAAACAGAAAUCUUUAAAAAUCAAAAUGAUAAGCACAUUGACAAUAAAAUAAUUUUGAAAACUAAAUUACCAGAUGUUGAAAUGAUUAUUAAUUUUGAAAUUAUAAAGAAAAAAUUAAAAGAAUCCAAAGAGAUACAACAUUCUAAGCAAAUAUUAGAAAAUAGAGUAAAAUAUAAAUCACAUUUAAAUUCUAAAACAUGCGAUAUUGAAAAAGAAUUAGAAAAUGAAUUGAAAACAGGAUCAUUUGAAAAGAUGCAUAUCAUAGGCCAAUUUAAUUUAGGUUUUAUUUUGACAAAACUUGAUAACGAUAUAUUCAUUAUUGAUCAACAUGCAAGCGACGAAAAAUACCGUUUUGAAAAAUUGUCUAAUGAAACAAAAUUGAAAACCCAGAAACUAAUUAUACCAAAACCACUUAAUUUUGCUACUUUAAAUGAAUCAAUUCUCAUAGAAAAUCAAUAUAUAUUUGAAAGUAAUGGUUUUACAUUCAACAUAAAUCAGAAUGGUGACCCUGGUCACAAGAUAAGCCUUACAGGAAUGCCUGUUAGUUUUGGAUGGCAGUUUGGACAAGAAGAUAUCGAAGAAUUAAUUUUCCUUAUUAGAGAAGGUGGUAAUGAUGGUACCGGUAGCAAUAUUAUUCCUAGGCCUAGUAGAGUACAACAAAUGUUAGCAUCGAGAGCUUGUCGAGGUGCAGUUAUGAUAGGAAAAGCUUUAAAUUUAAAUGACAUGAACAGAUUAUUAAUGCAAAUGGGUCAAAUGAAAAAUCCUUGGAACUGUCCUCAUGGAAGACCAACUCUUAGACAUCUAGUAUCCUUAACAUUUUUAAAUAAAUAAAUAUUCUUCCAAUUUACAAUUCAUAAAUCACUAUAAUUAAAAAUUUUUAUGACAAAAUGUUCGAUAACAUUUACUUAAAACUAAUUUAUUGUAGUAAUAAUUAAAUUCUCGAUUUGUAUAAAAAAA